AUGGCUGUAAAUCUUAACGACCCCGCCUGUGGCUUCCACCAGAAGGAAGUUGUAGAUUUUCUAAAUGAGCAGAUAAUUAAAAAUGGAGUCAGUCCCUGUUUCUAUGUGAUGCACAAGUCCAAGUCCUGGGGGGAUAUGGAGAUGACGCUGAGGGACAUUUUGAAUAACCCAGAGAUAUCGGGAGGCAUUAAGGAGGCUUGUGCCUGGACUAUCCUGGCCCUCGCCGUGCGGUUUGCUGAGAGGCAGAAGCGGGAGGAUGCAGAAAAGAUUAAAGAGCUCCAGGAUCAGCUAGAGGAGCAGAAGCUCCUCACGGAUGCCUUGUUGGGAACAGUGCGUAGACUUAGGGAGAAGCAAGAGAAGGAAAAGGAGAAAGACAGGUCCCGUCGGCAACAAAGCCUUGAAGUGCUUCGUGGAGUACCGGAAGAGCGAAAUUUACUCAGGAGAGAGCAUAGAGUAGGCACUCGCAAGCAGGCUAGAACUGAGGGAGAGAACCAAAAAGGGACAUCAGGGACACUGAGCCGCCCUCACAGCCCAUCCAGUCAGUCUAAGAGCGGGGAGUCGAGGAAAGGGUCAGGCCGGAGGAUCACUGCUGCUCCUGGUACCUCUGCCAGAGCGGGAGAGGCGAAGGACAAAGAGGUUUCUCAGCCCUGGAACGACAAGGAGGUAACUAUUCUUUCUCGCUCUCAGGUCUCAGGUUCCAGGGCCAAGGCUGGCAAGUUGCCAGCCGUCGAUCUCUCUCAGUCCUCUUGUUCAUCCCUAGCUACACUUUCUCCCCCAGGAGCAGCAGCUGAAGCUGCAGCAUGUUCUUCUGUGAAAGACUCCAAAAGAAAUUAUAGGGGGAAACAUCACCCUACUAGGAAAUUCCUGCCAGAAAGGUUUAAGCAAUACCCUGGCUUAUCUUACUCGGCGAGAUUCAGCAUCAGGCGCAGAAUAGGAGACUGGGACUGUGCCCAGUGUCAUUUGAUGAAUUUCUCAUGGCGAAAUAUAUGCUUUAAAUGUAAAAACUCCCGGCACACAAAGGAAGGUAGAGGCUCUGUCCCAAUUAGGGCCCUCACUGAAUUCUAA